AUGACUGAUAUUGGUAUGGAAAGCAAUGAAUUAUCAAGAAAAGAAACAAAAAGUAAAAAUGAAAUUUCAAGUGCAUCAGCUCAAGUUGCUGAACAUUAUAAUGCAGUACCACAGAAGGGUGUUGCUGAGAGGACAAGCAGUCGAAUAUUUUAUCUUCGAAAUUUUAACAAUUGGAUCAAAAGCAUGCUAAUUGCGGAAUUCUUGGAAAGAUUGCAAAAAGAAAUUUGUUCAAAAGCAACCGUACUUGAUUUAUGCUGUGGUAAAGGUGGUGAUUUUUUAAAAUGGCGUAUUGGAAAUGUUGGUCAUGUUGUUGCAACAGAUAUAGCAAGUGUUUCAUUGGAGCAAUGUGAAAAACGAUAUAAAGAUAUGAAAGCACGAGAAAAUCCAAGACGGCCAUUAUUUAGUGCUGAAUUUAUUGUUGCAGAUGCUACAAAAGAUCGUCUAAUAGAUCAUUAUUGUGAUCGCUUUAUAAAAUUUGAUAUGUGUAGCUGUCAGUUUUCACUUCAUUACUGUUUUGAAAGUGAAAAGCAAGCACGAAAAAUGAUACAAAAUGCGGUAGAGCGAUUAAAACCAGGCGGUUAUUUUAUUGGCACAUUACCAGAUGCUGAAAGAAUUAUGUACUGUAUUAAAAAUUCUAAAAAUGGAACAUAUACCAAUGGUAUUUCAUGUCUAAUGUACGGUGAUGUUGAAGCACUUAAAGAUAGCAUUUAUCGGCCACCUAUUUUUGGUGCAUUAAUUCAUUUUUCACUUGACACACAGGUCAACUGUCCAGAAUACCUCGUGCAUUUUCCUGUUCUUGAAAGAUUGCUUGCUGAUUGUGGAUUGAAACUGGUUUACAAGAAACGUUUUCCGGAUGCAUUUGAAUAUUAUAUAAAUGAAAGAAAUGGACGAGCAUUAUUAGGUCGAAUGCAAGCAUUGGAACCUUUUCCACCUGUUGAUGAUGUGAAGUUAAUGGGACCAUCAGAAAGUUAUAAAUUCGCAGAGACGAAGUUAAAUGAAAUCAUGGAAGAACGUUUAGAAGCAGGAUGCGUUGGAAUGGGAACACUAUCGCAAGAUGAAUGGGAAAUUGCAUCAAUGUAUCUUGUUUUUGCUUUUCAACGAGAAAAAAAUGUAUGA